UCGAAAAUCAACAAGAUGAACUUCUUUGCUCUGUGCGCCUUUCUCCUGAUCGCCCUGGCUGCCGUCCAGGCAACUCCCGGCCAGCUUGGCGGACACGGUGGAGGACCAAUUGGACACGGAGGCCAAAUUGGACACGGCGGACAAUCUGGUCAUGGUGGGCAAAUCAACCGUGGUGGACCAAGUGGUCAUGGUGGACAAAUCGGUGGACAGGGUCCUGUGAGUCAGGGCCCCCAAGGCCACGGUCAUUUGGGCUAAAUACUUGCUGGAAUCCUGCAAAUAGAAAGCCCCUUCCUAACUUGAUGGAUAAAGAAGUGUUGGGCUCACACCUAAAAUACGGCUUUAAAUAAAAAUUUCGAUUAUUCGAAAACAAA